UCACAAUGGAGGAAGUACCUGACAUGGACGACCUUCUCGACGAAAUGGAGUCAGACUUGGUCAAGAAAUGUUGCAGUGUUCAAUCAAAACCUCUCUUGCCACCAACAUCGAUAGGAAUGCAACCACGUGGCAUAAAACACAAUCCGGCUCCAAGAACUGUCGUAACCGUUUCAAAAUUUGUGAUUAGUGAGGAUAUGAAUGAACAGAUGGAAGGCAACAUCAAUAUUGACACUUCACAGCUUCCAAACACAUUUCAAACUAAAUCAAGUUUUCCGCCUAAUUCAGAUGAAAGAAAUAUAGGAAAAGAGAAUGAAGUUUCGGCACGUCAAGAAAUUGCUCACAAGCUCAAAUCUGUUCAUAAUUAUUCCGACGCGACAAAUUUCGAUCCUUCCAAAAAAGUCAUAACACAAAAAUUUUCUCAAGAAUCAGAACCAGAGUCUGAGCCAGAACCAGAACCUGAAGAAGUAUCAGAAGUAGAAGAGGAUACUCUUGUUCCGGAAACACAAAUUAUUUCAAAUCUCAACGCCACUGCAAGAGACACGGAGCCUACUGCCACAAUAUCAAAACCAAAUCUCGAUUUAGAUACCGAAAUGGAAGAUAUGCUGGCAUACCUAAAUGACGAGAGCGUCGAUAAGUCGAGUUUGAAAGAUAAACCUGCGAGAGAGGAAGGAGGACGUGAUUCCAUCGAAGAGUCAGCAAAUGAAUCAGCACUUUAUCAAUUUGCUGAUCGUUUCUCCGAACUGGUAAUUUCCGAGGCUUUGAAUCAUCGGAAAAUGCAUUAUGAUCCUGCUGUUAAAGAAUUUUACGAAGCAAAUGAUUCAGUGCCCGAUGUAUUUGCAAUGAGUCUCGAUAGUACUCAUUCUUCUCUUAAUUCUUUCAACGCAGAUAAUCACAAUUAUCUUUCUGAGCCGGAAAAUUCUUCUAAGAAAGAACGAAUGCAAUCUGUAGCGGAAGAAAAUGAAGCUAGUGAAGAACCGACACAAAGCUCUUCGGAAACAGAGAAGAACCUUCAAAACGAGAAAAUCGAUGUUGAAUUUAUUGAAAACUCUGAGGCGAUUGUGCAAAAUGAGUCAGAAGAUGUUCCAGAGUCUAACUCAACCAGCGGAACUGUUCUUGAGAAUAUCGAAGACCAUUUAGAAUCUGAUGUUGUAAUCGAGAAUGGUUCUGAAUCUUCUUUUGUGAAUGAGAAAAUGAAUGAAGCCUCGACUGCACAUUUAGUUGCUGAGCAAUCAGUCGUAGAUGAUUCGGAGAUUCACUUGGAAACUGAAGAUCAGGAAACAUUGUCACCAGAAACUGCCGACUCAUCAACAAAUAAAAAUUCAGAUGAAUUUCCCGAUGAAGGUUCUCAAUCAGAAGCAUCAGUAAACAACGAAGAAGUGUUAGAAAAUGUUGAACAUGUUGAAGAUGAAUGCACAGUAGUAGAUGCUGUCAAUGAAAACACGGAUUCCUCAAUCGAGGAGAACGACGAGGAAAAUACUGAGAAUCGUCCACGCUUUGAUUCUUCCAUAGCCACCAUUCACGUUCUUCACGAGUCUGACUCAGACGAAUCAGCAACGCCACGAAGAGAAAGGAGACUCACCGAAUCAGAAUUACAACUCGGAAAAACAUCACCGUAUUGGAUUCCAGAUUCUGAAUGCCCAAAUUGUAUGCUGUGCAAUACAAGGUUCACAAUUAUUACUAGACGCCAUCACUGUCGUGCAUGCGGACGCGUUCUCUGUGGUUCUUGUUGCAACGAAAAAGCUUUCCUGGAAUAUCUUCAAGAAGAAGGCAAAAAGCUGCAAGCUGUGCGAGUAUGUAAACCAUGUUCUGCAAUGCUUGCCAGAAUUGAAACCCAUGAGCAAGAUGAACAGAGACGGAGAGAAUCAAUCGCUUCUGAAAAUGGGUUGAGUGGAGAUGAAACGAUCAGUUCUAUUCCAGCUGCUUCCACCUCAAUUCCUCGCGGUGUACUGAAAACCAAACCGACGGUACAUGUUAAUGAAGAAGAUGGUGCAUCAACAAGUAGUCAAGCUCACUCGACAUCGGGAAAUGUGUCAGAUUCUUCAAGAAGAUCGGUAAUGUUUAGGGAUGGAGUCCGUCCAGGUGCACCUGCCGAUGAAGGAAAUCCAGAAGAAGAACGAUCAACUGCACUUAAACCAAAAAAGAAGUCAAGGAAACGGACAUCAGUAGUCAGAAGAAUAGCAGAAUUACGGAUGGAGGAUGAACUGGCUUGUGCACUUCCGAAAGAAGGAAUAACUAAAUUAUUAAUUGUGAAACCUGAUUGUGAACAUCCGAAAUUCGAAGACGCAUCCACUGUUCUUGAAACACUUUGCAAUUUUUCCGUCGUCACUGUCGUUCUCAAAAAAAAUUUGAAUUGCACUGUACAAAUUUUUAACAAUCCUAACUUCGGUCUCGUCUGGGCUGUAUCAACGCAAGGUUUCGCUCAAAUUGGACUCGACGAAUUGAUGUUUUCAUGGACUUUGAACGAUCAAGAAAAACAAAAAGUUGAUGCAGAAGAACCCGAACUUGAUGAAAAAUCUGCAUUGGUAGUUUUACCUCUCCCAGUUCUACAUCGUAUAUCAUUGAUCUACACUCAAUCCACCGAACAUGAAUACGCUGGUGUCAGAAAGGUUGAAAAUCGUCUGAUGCGUGUGCAUUCUGUUACAGAUCCAACUUAUCCAUUAACUAAACACAUUAUGUUUUUCCGGCCUACUGUACAAGUUGGUCUCAAGAAUAUGCGAAUUCCCACAAAUCCAUUUCUGAUUGCUUGUUUCCUGCACGAUGAUGAACUCAAUUGGGCGACAGCUCUUCCUAAUCGUUUAUUGUAUAAACUCGGCGAGAAGUUCAAUGUAUUCCCAACACCGUUUGUCAAUAGUAUUGGCCGUGAAUCUACAUACAGCACUGAUGUAUCCGGAACUGUAUUGAAGGUGUUCACUGACUUCCGGUCUUGGUCUUAUAGAAUGCGUCACAUUUCUGGAUGUACAGUCUCGUUGACAAAUGAUAAAACUGUAAUCAGAAUUCCAAAAUCGGCAAUUAAAGAGUUAAAAGAUGUUCUAAACUUUAGUCGUUCAAUGGUCGCUUGGAGUUGUGAUUUGCAUUGCGAAGAUGAUAGUGUACUUGUUUGUGAGGAAACUGACCCAGGGCUUUAUUCGACUCAAGUGUUUGCCAAAAAUAUUGGACAAAGAGAAUCUACAAGUGCAUCAUUUGUAAUUCUCGAUGGUGGAUCGAAAGUCAGUUCACUUCAAGUAAAUGUUGUUGAGGAUGGUGUUGCUGUAAGACUUCAAAGCGAGCGAUUGGAAACUAUUUUAAAUGCAAUUAACGAUGGAAACGAUGCAGUUGAAUCAUCUAAAGAUAUGGAAUUUCGUGUCGAGUUUGUCGAAGACGGUAACUGGAUUUGUACAGACAGUGAUUAUUAUCCAAAAUCGCAGAUAGACGGCCUCUAUCUCAUUAACAAAUUUCAAUAUGGAUUGUCUCUCGAAAGAGCUCUGACGCAAGUUCUACAAGUUCAGGGAAUAAAUGAUUAUGGAAUCAGAAUGUCACAUGUUUAUAAUCUCGGUGAUGGUAGACUUCAGCCUGAGGAAGAACCUAAAAUUUAUGGAAUGAUUGAAAUUGCUGCGAGGGAAUGCGUUGCAAUGCUUGAGCCACAUAUUCAACAUUUAAUUUGUGCUGGUAUUGGAAGCGUUUCUAUUCGUUUAUUCGUUUCGCCGUAUGAGUUCGAGUACGAUGUUUCGAAAUGGCUCGGGUUAGAAGCCGAAAAUGACAAAUACAAGCAAAGUCUUGAUCAGCUUAUUCCAAUGUUGUACAAUAUGGUAGAGUAUGUUCCAAAUGGUUUUGAAGUCGAAUUCGUACUCUCAAUUGUGUCUACAAGAGCUCUUCCAAUCUGAAACCUUUCGAUCCAAAUUGAAACAUUUUUCUGUUGCCCAUUUUCCUAAGAGAUUUCCAUAUAUUUCAUUACAAUGUGCAAUCACCCACUUUUAACCUUUUUUUUGUAGAAUGCAUCCAUUUUUACUAGUCUCUCUUUAGACAUUCUCAACGCUUAUUCGUGUAUCCAAAUCCUGUGAUACUUAUUCCAUUUUUCUUGUAGUCCCCAAAACACUCCAUCUCACUUCUAACACAUUUUAUACUAAUCAUGAUCGAUUUUCUUCUCGGAGGAUUUUCAAUUAUUAUUUGAUUAGUCGCGGAGUUAACUUGUAAUUUAAAUCCUUCCGUUUCACCCCCUUGAUUUCUCUUUCCGCAUCCCAUUAAUUUUCAAUGUUUUGCAUAAUGAUGAUUUAUAGAAGAAGAAGCAGUUCUCCAAUUGAAA